GAUCUAUCUACAGAAGCAUUAUCAUAUCUACUCCACCGCCAACACAUCGUCCACCAUCCGCAUCGAUGCCCCGAGGUAAUUCACAGGGUCACACAGCUGGCGCAGGCGCUCCUCCGUCAGCUUGGAGGUGACCCUCUGGCUUCUGCAGCAAGCACUGUAAAAGCGUCUGCUGCGUCUCGAUACUCUCGCGACACGCCUCGUAGACAACGUCAGGGCUUUCUGACGGCCGACCUGCGGCGCCAGGCCCAUCAUCACCGCCUCAGCCACGAUCAACCCUUUAGUGGAGUGCAGAUUGGCCAUCAUCUGCUUGCUAUGCACACACAGCCCGGACAGCGCGAACCGCGUCUGCGCCAGCGCGCCAACCGCAAUGACAAAGCUCUCCGGCACCGCCACCCACUCCAGAUGCCGGGGGCCGGAGGCGCGCUCGAAGUCCGCCACCAAGCCAGCGAGAACCAGACCCGCAUUCGAGCGGAGGAUCUUCGACGCAUCCAAGAUCACCUCGCUGGAUAUGGGGUUGCGUUUCUGCGGCAUGGUGGACGAAGCGCCGCGGUGCGGGACGAAGGGCUCGGAGACCUCGCACAGCUCAUUCGACGACAUGAGGAUGAUAUCGAGGGCCAACUUACCCAUCGACCCGCCCAUCAGCGCCAGGAAGUUGACGAUCUCCGCUACCCCGUCGCGCGCCACAUGCCAUGUGAUCGGCGGGUUCUCGAGCCCCAGCUCCUCGGCCAGGCUGGGAAUCUCCAAGCAUCUAUUGCGGGGAUGCGGAGAACAUUAGAGUUCCCCUGGCGACCCAGCAACUUGUCGUCAUUGUGUGGGGCCGGACAGUUAUAUGCACUUACGCGUACUUCAAGUAGUAAGAUCUCCAGGCUGUAGUCACAUGAUUCCCGAUGAGGGCGUUCUUGAUAUGACCAACAGUAACUGGAUGGUCGCAUAUGCGAGACAGCGCGCGGAGGUGAGACGGAGCAGGAACGAACUGAUCACCUCUUAUGUUACAAAUAUAUACCACUUAAGGAUGUGAUGAUUGUGGUGGGGCGGUUUCCCCAGACGGAGGCCAAUCGGCUAUAGGUUCAGCCGAUUGUCUCCUCCUGUGCUUGGGGUAACUACUGGUAAGCUUC